UACAUCUCUAUGACUCUUUUUGUAGCUCAGGUUGAUGAUAAGUGUGAAGCGCUUUAUCGGAGACUCUCAGUGAUUAUGUCAGCUAGUAUGGUGACGAAACAUCUGAAAACAAACCUUCAAGCUCAGUAAGCUAACUUAUGUACUAAUAUCUCUGCUAGUGGCCAUGUAAUUUCCUCCCUAGCCUCCCACAAGGUACUGGGAUAUACUUCAUCAGGUCCCGGGGAUAGAUCUAACUUAACGCUUUUUAAGACUUUCAGCACUUCCCCUUCUGUAAUGUGGAUUCUCUUCAAGACAUCACUGUUUAUUUCUCCAAGUUCCCUAACAUCCAUCCCUUUCUUGAUGGGUGGUUAACAGCUUGUCCAAACAACUCACCUGGACAGCAUGCCCAGACUGUGAAUCAGCCCUAUGGAGCCUCGGGGGAUUGUCAAGGCAUUUCGAAAGGUGAAACGAGCUCAGGACAUCACACCACCAACAUCCGGAGUGACCCAGAAGAAAAUAAAAACAAAUGAAGUCAGUAAAGAAAUCUGGUUGUGUGGAUUGGUGGUGCAUAUUGUCCAGGCAGGGAUUGGAAAGGCUCGGACAGAAAUCUUUCACAAGCAGAUUGUACAGAAUGGUGGGGAGGUCAGCCUUACUUUCACCCCAGCCGUUACUCACGUGAUCAUAGAUGAUGAGAUGGAUUGUGAUCGUGCCUUUCGCCUCCUGAAACUGGAGGUCCUGCCUCCCAGAGUCCAGCUGGUGCGAUCUGCAUGGCUCAGCUUAUGCAUCACAGAGAGGAGACUUUUGAGCACUGUGGGCUACAGCAUCUUCAUCCCAGACAAAUAUCUGUCACCUGCACAGCAGGUCAAAAUUCAGGGCUCAGGGGACAAGGAUCAGCAAGAGAGCGCAGAGGUCAACAAUCGAUCAGGGACCCAGUCAAAGCCCAAAUUCAACUGCACAAAGGCAGAGAAAUCAUUUGCUGAACAAUGGAGAGAGGGCACAGCUGAAGAAACCAAUGGAGCAGCACAAGCCUCUCUGGCCCAGUUUUGUGAAGAUGAAGGUGGGAGUGACGCUGAAGAUGACGGAGUUUCCGAGCAUGACCUGCAAGCUCUGAUCUCUGGGAGCAUCCAUUCGCUCAGUGAAUCUGACUCGAGGAAAGCAGCUGUUAGUGGCAAGUGGGUGUGCGCCCAAUCAUCCGAAAGCAAAAAGCAAAACCACAACAAACCCAUCACAGACAAGCUGGAGGUGCUGGAGGCUGCAUACACACAUCAAAGUGACAAGUGGAGAGCGCUGGGAUACGCCAAGGCCAUCAAUGCCUUGAAGAGUUACCAUAAGCCAGUGUCCUCCUAUGAGGAAGCAUGUAAGAUCCCUGGCAUUGGCAAACGGAUGGCAGAGAAAAUCAGAGAGAUACUGGAGAGUGGGCACCUGCGCAAGCUUGACUACAUCAGUGAGAGCGUCCCAGUGCUGGAAACCUUCUCAAACAUCUGGGGAGCUGGUGUGAAGACAGCCCAGAUGUGGUACCAGCAGGGAUUCAGAACUUUGGAUGAUAUUCAGAUGAAAGCUAGUCUGACUAAGCAGCAGACAAUUGGCCUCAAGCACUAUCAUGAUUUCCUAGACCGAAUGCCGCGAGAAGAGGCUGGGGAGAUUGAAAAGACGGUGAGGGACAUGGCUCAGUCAAUCGAUCCAUCCCUGAUUGCUGUAGCCUGUGGCUCCUAUCGACGUGGGAGGGCCACCUGUGGUGAUGUAGAUGUCCUCAUCACACAUCCGGAUGGCAAAUCGCAUCGUGGUGUCUUUAGUAAGAUCCUUGCAGGUCUGAGGGACACAGGAUUUCUAACGGAUGACCUGGUCAGUCAGGAGGAGAGUGGGAACCAGAAGAAGUAUCUGGGAGUUUGCCGGCUUCCAGGUCCUGGGCACCGUCACCGGAGGCUCGACAUCAUUGUGGUGCCAUACAGUGAGUUUGCCUGUGCCCUGAUGUACUUUACUGGAUCCGCAUAUUUUAAUCGCUCCAUGCGGGCUUUGGCGAAGACAAAGGGUAUGAGCCUCUCGGAGCACUCAUUGAACUGCCACGUCCUGAGGAAGGGAAAUGCCAAAAUCACCACAGGAAUAAUCAUCUCUACGACAACCGAACAAGACAUCUUUGAACAGCUGGGACUGCCAUACAGGAAGCCACAUGAGAGGGAUUGGUGACACUGCUGCAGGUUGGCAGAGACCUAUUCCAUUGUGUUUGUAUAUGUGUCAUCCAGUUUGAUACUGCAUCAUACAGGCUAAGGAACCACCAAUUCACCUCCAAGUCCAGGCUGACAUAUCUGCUUUGAGCGUUUUUUUUUAUGUAUCUGUAACAUGAAAUAUCUUCAUCAUCUGUUUGCUUUACAAUGUGAGAAAACAGAGUGAUUGAUCUUUUAUCAUCAGAUUUAGGGAGUAAAGCAUAGGGAAGGCAAUACUAUACCAGCAGCAACCUGCUGUGUCCAUUCUGAGGCACAGUUUUAAGAAAAAUGUCAAAUUCUUGCAAAGAUUACGAAAGGAGGUUUACUGCAGUGGUACCUGGAACUAGGGAUUUAUGUAGUGAUCCUGAAAAAGCCAUCUUUCUUGUUGAAGAUGAUUUCUAGGACAUUUAAUAGAGUUGUUCAAAACAUUAGGAGUUUAUAAUCGAGUAAAUCUACUGGCAGGAGGGUUGGUAACUAAAAAUCACAGAUUCAUGAUAAUUGACAAAAAAAAGCACAAGGGAUGUGAUUUUUUAAUUUAAACAUGAGUUGUUGUUAUGUAGAAUGUAUCACCUGAAAGUAAGUUGAAAGCUGAUUCAAUAAUAACUUUCAAAAUUGCAGGAUGGAAAUUGCAGGUGUUGAACUAACUGAAUCACUCUUUCAAAGGGCUAGCCAAAAAUGUUGGACUAAAUUACCUUCCACACUUUAUGAUUCCAUGCAUCUGCUGACUUUCCUCACCUUUUAUGAAGGUUGAAUUCCUUAGAUCUUGUGUGAUCUCCUUCCUGCUGCACAGCAGCUGUCUUUACACUCUCUGGUAUGUGGGUUCCACCCAGUAACUGGGUAGGUCACCACCCUCCCACCCCAUCCUCCAGUCUCCUGAGACAAUAGUUUAUGUCAGUUCUUACUGUGGACAAGGAAAUGGAGGCUAGAGAACUUGGGGAAAUAAAUAUUAAUGUUUUGAAAAAAAAUUCACAUUACACAAGAGCAAGUGCUAGAGGUCUUAGAAAACAUAAAGGUGGACAAAUUUCCAGCGCCUGAUUAAGUGUAUAACAGAUAUUGUGGGAAAUUAGGGAAGGAAUUGUGGGGCCCCUACCAGAGAUAUUUUUAUCAUCUAUAACCAAGGAAAGUGCUGGAGGACUGGAGGGUGGCUGAUGCUGUGACUUUAUUUU